AUGGCUUCGGUAUCAUUGGAGACCAAGCCAACCUCAAAGCCGGGCGUCAUAGAGGAGGUGCCUUCUCAGGCACUCUCUCAUGCCGCUACGUCUGAAAUGAAUCAAGAACUGUAUAUGGAAGGGCGUGAUCGCCUUGUAACCUCUAUUGAUGCUACCAACGAAAUCCUUAGUGGCCUGCGCCAGUUUAACAAGGACCAGUGGGUGCUUCGCUACCCUACCAAGGCGAGCAGCGAGUCGAUGCCUCUGUCCGUCCUACGUCUGGACUUGAAACUUGGUGCAGCUCAGAAUGCUAGCACUCUCGUUGAUUCCAUGGAGAAGUCGACCGUGGGCCAGCUUCUGGAGGAGCGUAUGUCUCGCUCUUUACAGCACCUUAAGAACCUUCGAGUUCGUAUCACAGACACUCAGUCUAAGGUACUUGUCACUGGUGAUUUAAACGCUGGUAAGUCUACCUUUAUCAAUGCUUUGAUGCGUCGCGAGCUGGUGCCGACCGACCAGCAGCCAUGCACUUCUGUUUUCUGCGAGAUUCAUGAUGCUGUGCGUGACAAUGAGGACCGUGAGGAAGUGCAUCUCAUUCGUGACAUGGCUUCGUACGAUGCGAAGGAUCCCUCGACCUUUGAAGUCCGUGGCCUUGACGAACUGGAGGCUGUUUUCGCCGAGGAAGAAGAGCGGGAACACACUGAGCUUCCAGUGCUCAAGGUGUUCUGCCGCGACGUUCAGGCGGCCAAGGAAAGCUUGCUACACAACGGUGCUGUCGAUAUUGCACUGAUUGACGCUCCUGGUCUGAACCAGGACAGCGUGAAGACCACGGCUCUGUUUGCUCGUGAAGAGGAGAUUGAUGUGGUUGUAUUCGUUGUGAGUGCUGAGAACCAUUUCACUUUAAGUGCUUGUGAGUUCCUUCAGAAUGCGAGCAACGAGAAGGCGUACGUCUUUGUGGUCGUCAACAAGUACGACCAGAUUCGCAACAAAGACAAGUGCCGUCGCCGUGUGCUUGAACAGAUUCGCGAGCUGAGUCCGCGUACAUACGAAGAGGCGGAAGAGCUCGUGCACUUUGUUGACUCGCGCUCGGUAUGCGACAUGGCCGAGGAGGCCAAGGAAUUGAGCGACCAGGUGAAGCGCUUUGAGAACUUGGAACAGAACCUGCACGACUUUGUGCUUCGCCGGCGUGCCAAGUCGAAGCUGCUACCAGCCAAGACAUACAUGGACCGGCUUCUGUCGGACGUCAUGUUCUUGGUCCAACUGAAUGAACAAGCUGCUAGGUCCGAUCUUGCUGCGGCACGCCGGGACCUAAGCAAGAGCCGCCCUGCCCUUGAGAAGUGUGAAACAAGCGCUGUGAAGGCUCAGCGUCUGGUCGAGGGUGAAGAGGACAAAGUGGUUUCUGCUGUGGCUCAGUCCACGGAAGAGGCUGUAGCUCUUGCGCUGGAGACAAUUGGUCGCGGCGAGUCGGCCCAUGCCUCGGUGACGUUGCCUGCGUACCCUGGCCUGUUCAGCCUGUGGCAAUAUGCCCAAGAUGUGCGUCAUGCUCUAUUGGAGAGUGUCCAGGCCGCUGUGACUGAGUGUGAAACUCUGGCUCGCAACGCAACGACCGAGGCUGUUACUAAGAUCAGCCAGACGGGUGAAUCCUUCCUGCCGAAGGAUGUUGAUGUCCCGAAGCGUGUGUUCGUGCCUGAGGCCAUGUUUGCGAAGAAGCCUGAGAACACUAUGUUUACGGGCCUGGGUGUAAGCACGGACGCUGUGGCAGUUCGUUUGACCGACUUGUUUGAUGUGCCGCACCACUUUACUGUGCUUAUUGGUGCGAACGAAUCGAAGAAGACACCAGAGAAUGAUGCGGAUUCCCAGGCCCUUGUGCCUAGCAUGACGAUUGGCCUGGGUGCUCUUAGCCUGGUGGGUACGCAGGCGUUCAACCUCAAGACCAUUGCUGAGGCUAUUGUGCGUGUAACCGACCUACUUGGCAGCCGGGUGGUUCGUCGCUGGGCGGCGCCGGUUCUGUUCAUGGUAGGUGUGGGUGCUGUGGCCUGGGUGGUAACAGACUUACCGAACGCUGUGCCACGGAACGUGGGCCGUAGCCUGAAGCACGAGCUGAUGAACGGCCACAGUGUCGUGCACUUGCCGAGCAACAGUGCUGCUCUGCUGCGCCACUCUUCCAACGUAUUUGCCACUAUGCAUGGUAUGCGGACGACGCGUGAAGUACGUAAAGUUCUCCGUCUCGCUAGCUGGGACAUCCAGGAGAAGUUCCGCGUUGCCAUUGCUCAACGUCGUGCCGAUGUCCAGAAGGCGGAGGCACAAGAAAAGCUUGCCUCGGCUGCGCUGGCAUGGCUCACAGAGACGGCUGCGCGCAGUGCUUCUGUGCAAACCCAAGUCGCCAGCGCUUUGUAA